CUAGUUGUCUGCAGGCAAAGAUGGCGGUGAGGAAGAAAGACGGCGGCCCGAAUGUAAAAUAUUUCGAAGCGUCUGACACCGUUUCCCAGUUUGAUAAUGUCCGCGUCUGGCUGGGAAAGAAUUACAAAAAGUACAUCCAGGCUGAACCCCCAACAAACAAGUCUCUGUCAAGCCUUGUGGUCCAGCUGCUCCAGUUCCAGGAGGAAGUGUUUGGACGACAUGUUAGCAACCCCCCACUCACAAAACUGCCGAUGAAGUGUUUUCUGGACUUCAAAUCAGGAGGCGCUCUUUGCCACAUCCUGGCAGCUGCCUACAAGUUCAAGAGUGACCAAGGAUGGCGCAGGUUUGACUUCCAGAAUCCGUCGAGGAUGGACCGAAAUGUGGAGAUGUUCAUGACGAUUGAGAAGUCCUUAGUGCAGAACAACUGCCUGACGAGACCUGUCAUCUACCUGAGCUCUGACAUUGAGCCCAAACUGCUCGGCAAACUCAAAGACAUCAUCAAAAGGCAUCAGGGCUCAGUUACCGAGGACAAGGCCUCCAGCUCACAUGUUGUCGUUCCAAUCCCCAGCAGCCUUGAGGAAGAGGAGUGGGUCCGUCCUGUGAUGAAGAGAGAUAAGCAGGUGCUGCUCCACUGGGGAUACUUUCCUGACAGUUAUGAUACUUGGAUUCCAGCCAGUGAGGUUGAAGCUGCUGUGGAGGAUCCCCCCAGCACAGAAAAGCCCAGGAAGGUCCACGCCAAGUGGAUUUUAGACCUGGACCAGUAUAAUGAGUGGAUGAACGAGGAGGACUAUGAGGUGGGCGAGGGCUGCCCCAAGAGGAAGAGGAUCUCAGCCAAGACCCUGACGGAUGAGGUCACCACGCCUGAUGAGCGGAGGGACAAGAAGCCUGGCAGUGCCAAGAAGAGGAAGCGCUCACCUUCCCCCUCCCCCACACCACCGCCACAGGAGAACAAAAAGAAGAAUACCAAAAAAGGCCCAACGACCCCUUACACCAAGUCCAAACGGGGGCAGAGGGAGGAGGAACCGGAGGAUCUGAGUAAGGACUUGGAAGAAGCGUCUCCCAUUCCAGCAUCUGAAGAUGGAAACCCAGCAAAGUCAAAUAACACGAAGAAGGACUCUGAUUCAACUCCAGUCAAAGGAGGAACAGAUAUGGAUGAGCCGGAGGAUGAAUCCAUGGAGACAACAGGCAAGGAAGAGGAGGAAGGAUCACCGAGUGUGAAGGGUGAACCGGUGAAAGGCUCUGACCUUCACGAGGACAAUGUGACCGAGCAAACUCAUCACAUCAUUAUACCGAGCUACGCUGCCUGGUUUGACUACAACAGUGUUCAUGCCAUUGAGCGCAGAGCCCUGCCAGAGUUCUUCAAUGGAAAGAAUAAAUCCAAAACCCCUGAGAUUUACCUGGCGUACAGGAACUUCAUGAUUGACACCUACCGACUGAACCCUCAAGAGUACCUGACCUCCACCGCCUGCCGCAGGAACCUGGCAGGAGACGUGUGUGCAAUCAUGAGAGUCCACGCCUUCCUGGAGCAAUGGGGGCUGAUCAACUACCAGGUGGACUCUGAGAGCCGACCCACACCCAUGGGUCCACCACCCACCUCUCACUUUCAUGUCCUGGCCGACACUCCAUCCAGUCUGGUGCCCCUGCAGCCCAAGACAUCCCAGACUCCUGCCACCCAGCAGAUGAUGUCCUUCCCUGAUAAAGUGAAGGAUAAACCAGCAGAUCUGCAAAACUUUGGGCUGCGGACUGACAUGUACAGCAAGAAGACUGGCUCUGUAAAGAGCAAAAGUGCAGCCAGCUCUAUGAGGGAUUGGACAGAACAAGAAACACUACUACUUCUUGAGGGCCUGGAGAUGUACAAGGACGACUGGAACAAGGUGUCAGAACAUGUGGGUAGCCGUACUCAAGAUGAGUGUAUCCUGCACUUCCUGCGGCUGCCCAUUGAAGACCCUUACCUGGAAGACCACUCCUCGUCCCUGGGGCCGCUGGCCUAUCAGCCUAUUCCUUUCAGCCAAGCGGGAAACCCUGUCAUGAGCACAGUGGCCUUCCUUGCCUCUGUGGUUGACCCACGUGUGGCCUCAGCUGCCGCCAAAUCUGCUCUUGAGGAGUUCUCUCGUAUGAAGGAGGAGGUUCCUGCAGCACUUGUUGAGGCUCAUGUGCGGCGGGUGGAGGAGGCAGCGAGGGUCAGCGGCCGACAGGACCCGCUCUAUGGACUGGAGGGGAGCGGCAUUGCAGGCACCGGGCUGGAGGAGGGAGAGAGGCCUGAUGAAAGCAGUGAUGAAAGCAAGAGUGACAGCCAAUCAAGUGAAGAGAAGAGGGAGGCAAAGGACAGCAAAGAUGGAGCUGCUGAAGAAGAGGAGAAGCAGGCGGAGAAUGGGAAGAAGGAAGAAGAACGAAGUGGAGAGCAAGAAGGAGAGAGGGAGGUGGACAAAACAGAGUCAGAGAUUGGGGAUAGGGAGAAGGAGAAGGAUGGAAAAGAGGGCACAGAGGAGGGACAAAAAGAAGCAGAGAGUGAAGGAGAAAGAAAAGCCAAGGUGGAGCGUGAUGUGGGAGAGGGGAACCUGGCCACUGCUGCAGCAUCUGCACUCGCUGCUGCUGCUGUAAAAGCCAAGCAUUUGGCUGCAGUGGAAGAGAGGAAGAUCAAAUCUCUUGUUGCUCUGCUGGUGGAGACCCAGAUGAAAAAGUUAGAGAUUAAACUGCGACAUUUUGAAGAACUGGAAACCAUUAUGGACAGAGAGAGGGAGGCUUUGGAGUACCAGCGUCAGCAGUUGCUGGCUGACCGUCAGUCCUUCCACAUGGAGCAGCUGAAAUACGCUGAGAUGAGAGCCCGCCAGCAGCACUUCCAACAGAUCCAGCACCAGCAACACAGCCAGUCCGGGGGUCCUCAUUCUAAUCAGGCUGCCUCGGGCCAGCCAGCCCAGGGUCCAACUCAGCAAGCUCCAAGCACACCAGCGCCACAGCCUGCCCCAAGCCCCGCUCCUACAGCCUCUUCUGCCCAACCCUCUGAGUCCCAGCCGGCUCAGGGUGCUCACACCUCGCCCCCCUGCCCCCCAGGCCAGACCCCAGCUGCCCACUCCAGCUCCAGCUCCAGCUCAACCCCUGUACUCCACGAACCCAGCGCCCCUCUCCCCGGGGAAACGCUCCACCCCUCAGCUCCCGUCCCGCCUCCCCAGUGAGAGAAAAGCGAAACUGCCUGAGGAUCUGAAUGACUCUGACCACUUAGAAUCCUGUCUGUAUCAUCGGAAAUGAAGACAUAAGAGGAAAGAAAAGAACACAUUUUACAUGUUACGCAUUUUUUUCUGUCGUUUUUUCUUCCUACAAGACUAUUUGAUGUGAGAAAGAAAAAAAUAUAUAUAUACGUCCAUGUGAAACCACCUCUACUUUGAAUAACCGGCGAAAAUGAAGAACUCCCUUUCAAUUGGAUCUGCCUAUGAAGAAAACGUACUGUCAUGAAGAAGCCGUUCAUCCUGCGUGGUCUAUUAUUGGACAGCAACAUCUUACUUCCUGAUUUUAAGCUCAACACCAGAGGUCAGGUGAGCUGAGAGGGUCUAAAAACAUGCUGGUACUUAUGAAGAAGAGACUCAUCUCUUGUUUUCAGUGUUUUGGAAAAUGUUGCAUUCAUGUCCUGCAAUAGUAGUUCGCAGCGUGUGAAGUUACAUGCUUCACAAUGUCUCCCCCCUUUGUACUGUAGGUACUGAUGAAAAAAUGCACUUUUAAUCUAGGUCUCAUUGAAAAAACUUGAAGCAUCCAUGAAAUUGAACUUCAGCACUUAUAUCGUCCUUUAUCUUGUCUGAAUUGCUUUUCCAUACUGAAGGUUUUAGAAACUUGGAUUUACUUUUCCGUCUUUAUUGUAAUACAUUGACUUAUGGUCUCUGUACAGAGUCGGACCUGAAGGUCACAUGUCUUGAACCGACUUUUCUCUGCAGAAAAAUGUAUGUGAUGAAUGAAAAUCAGAAGCCAGUUAGAAAUUACAAAAUGCUGGUUGGAAUGCAGAUGAAGAAAAAGAACUGUAAAAAGUGGGCGUUCUGUUACAAAAGUAUUUUGUUGCUCUGUUGUGAUCCUAUUUAAAAGUACUGACGGCAUGAGACCAUCAUCCUUAAAGGACUUAUACUUAGGAAUAUCUUAAUUCUGUCCCCUAUUUUAACAGCACUUAGUGAAAAAACAUGAGGAGCUUCAUGUUUUUGCAAUUUUGGAUGAAUUGAAAGAAUCCAGGUUGGAUUGUUGUGAAGAAUGUAGUCAUGUUCAAAAGGAGCCAAUGAAAGAAAAGAAAGGUCUGAGAACAGUAAUUCUACCAGCUACCACAUUCAGUUUGUGUUUUAUUCAUAAUCUGACUUUGUGUUUAUUGCUAAACCAAAUUGUUUUUAUAAUCAUGUUUAUCUCACUUUUAUUCAGUGAGUUUUGUUACGGUUGCUCGGGAAAUUAAGAGGACUUUUUUAGCAGCUUGUUUUUUUGUCGGUGCAUUUCAAGUUUUACGUGGAAGAAAUGUCAAAGAAGUCAAAAAAACAAGGGAGCUUGCACCUUAAACAGCUGACAAUGGUUAGAUUGUGUCCUUAAUAUCAGCAACAGUUUCCUCACUUUUUAUCCUAUCCAUUUUUGUAUUUUUUACUGUUUCCAUCUCCUUUUUUUUAUACGUCAUCAUUGUAUCUGUAUAUUCUUACCCUUGUAGCCUAUAUUUACCCUCUCCACUGUUGUGUAUGACGCGUGCAGGUCUGCUGGAUCUGCCUCAAAUGUGACUGAGCAUGUGUGUACUUGGACGCAUGCCAUUACCGUCGGUUAACAACAUUACCGUUCAGUUUUAUUUUCAGUGCCAUUUGCUGUUUGUUGCAACAAAAAAAAAAAUGAAGAAUGAAAAAAAAAAAAAAAACAUGCUUUGUGUUGCACAAGGCAUCAUGUCAGUGUCAUGAAAAAUAUUCCAGUCAGAUGGUGAAACUUUACAGUUAAUGUCUGUCAAGCCAGUAUUGCAGACCUCACUAUGGUCGUGAUAAUAAAUGGACUUAUUUUAUCUGUCUUAUUACUACAUUGUGUGGAUUUUGUGAUAUGAAAACAAGUGUCCGUUCAGUUUCUGUGUUUUUCACAAUGCUGGAGGUAGCAGCAGUUGCAUUGAUUAUUAUACAGUAGAAAUCCUUUUUCCUCAGUAAAUCAUCACGUUAGUGCUGACUGAUACUCUGGCAGUUUGUAUUAAAAAUGGAAGGCGUAUGAGGUUCAGCUUUUCAUUACAUGUCGGGGAAAAAAUAAAGAUUUGAAGAGGA